GCAAACUAGAGUACAUACAAAGUACAGUAUUGCCGAGAGGUUGCUGACUGGCUAUGCACACAGGUUCCUCUUUCAUAAUCUGUUCAGAUGAGUAUAAAAGAAGAUAAACCAGGAGGAUCAGCCGGGGGCAGUGAAGUAAUACUCAAAGGUAGCCCUUUGUAAGGUAACCAAAAUGGGGGCAACGCUGUAUGUGUGUUUAUUAGCAGCUAUGCUCUGCAGUGCUAUCUCUUGCGACCAGCAUGGUAAGCAUAAAGAUGACCACCAUCACCAUGGUCACCAUCAGCAAGGCCAUGGCCACCAUGGCCACGGCCACGGCCACCACCAUCACCGUGAUGAGAUCCUGUAUCAUAAAAUUGCAGCUGAGAAUGCUGAAUUUGCUUUCAAAUUGUAUAAACAACUGGCCUCCCAGGAAGAUGGGAAAUCAAAAAAUAUCUUCUACUCUCCACUGAGCAUCUCCAUGGCUCUUUCAAUGUUGUCACUGGGUGCGAAGGGUGCAACACACAACCAGAUUUUUGAAGGGCUCGGAUUCAAUAACACGAAGAUCAACGAAACCGAAGUGAAUGAAGCCUUUAAGCAUGUUUUGGAAAUGCUCAACCUGCAGACAGAGCUGGAGCUAUCCACAGGAGGUGCCGUCUAUGUGCAUAAGGGCUUCAAGCCAAUCCCCAAAUUUAUGGAGGACAUUAAACAUUUUUACCACUCAGAGGGCUUCACUGUCAACUUUAAAAACACCAGUGAGACAAUGGACAUAAUAAAUAAGUAUGUGCAGGACAAAACCCAUGGCAAAAUCACUGAGUUAAUCAAAGACCUGAGUCCAGAAAGUGUAAUGCUUCUAGUCAGCUACAUGUUUUUCAAAGGGAAAUGGGAAAAGCCUUUUAACCCUGCAUUCACUCGUAAAGAUAUCUUCCAUGUGAAUGACAAUGAAACAGUUCCAGUUCAGAUGAUGUCCAGAACGGGCAUGUUUGACGUUUUUCAUGAUAAAGAGCUGUCCACUGAUGUACUGAAGCUCCCGUACACUGGAAAUGCCUCGCUGAUGCUCAUCAUGCCUCAGAAAGGAAUGAAACACCUGGAAGAGUCGUGGUGCAGAGAGCAUUUUAAAAAAUGGCACAGAAGUGUAGAAAGAAGACGAUGGCAAGUUAUUCUUCCCAAAUUUUCAAUUUCUGCAACCUAUUCACUUCAAAAUGUACUGUCUGAGAUGGGCAUUACGGAUGUGUUUAGUAACAGAGCAGACCUGUCAGGAAUAAGCGAAGAGGUGAAUCUCAAAGUAUCUAAGAUUGUUCACAAAGCAGCAAUAGAUAUUGAUGAGAAGGGAACCGAGGCAGCGGCAGGUACUGGUGUUGAAAUAAUGCCCAUCUCAAUGCCUCCGACAUUGAAAUUCGACAAGCCUUUCCUGCUUGUGAUUAGCAAUCGCAAUACCAAGAGCAUACUCUUCAUGGGAAAAAUAGCCAAUCCUUCUGAAAAAUAAAACUGUGGUCAUAUUCUGUCGAAGCAUUAAAACUGCAUACUGUUUUUUGUUUCCUGAAGUGAUAUUAAAAACAACAUUGCAGUUGUAA